GUCGUAUCUAACUCUCACCAUACCCCCUCGCUUGGACGCCUGGUACCCCACUAAAUCCCUUUUCCCCAGCUCUCCCGCCCAAUACGGAGCCAGGCAGCAAUGUGCCGAUCCUGUC